ACCGAGAAUGCCCGUGUUGUACUGACACAGUAGCGAUACGGGCUGAGCAGACAUGGAGGCCCGAUUAACGAGAGAGGCCCGCGCUGACACAUCCAGGCCCAGCUAACGGCGUGUCGGAGCGGAUUUCGCAGCGUCUCGGGAGAUAUUACGGAUACCAGUCGCCCCGAGGAGAAGGAGGAUUUUAGCACCGAGGAGGAAGAAAUAGAAGGAGAUCCAUUUCGGGUCUCUGUUGAUUCAACGCAGCCGCCAUUUUGUUGACAGUUAGUGUUUUUUUUUUUUUUUUUUUUUAAUAACCUACACGGCGCCUGCAUCUGUUAUUUCCCACCGCUGGAUUACAAGUCGCCGUAUUUUCGGCUGUUGGGAGAUAAUUUUGUCAAUAAUUAACUAUGAGGCCUCCACGUUGAUGCACACGAAGACAACACAGAGCCAAAUGAUGUGAACGCCGUUUCUGGACAAUUUCAGAGUUGAAGGACGGAAAGAGGGGGCUGGACAGCCAAGGAAGGGAACGAAGCCACUUCAAAACAAGGAGAGCUUCACUUUCACCUUUACUCCCCCUCCCCUUUCCCUUUCCCACCCCCCACCCCCCACCUUCAUCCCUCGCCCAUCCCCUGGACAAAAGCUCUACCUGCUUUCCACGCCAUCCACUCCCCAGUAAACUCGCACACACUGUGAAGUUCUGAUGGAUCAGAAAAGUCAGGGGAGAACUGCAACUCCUCCUCCUCUUCUCUCUGGUGCUAGCACAGGUGAGCGAGAGAAGGAGGGAGGGGGUGGAAAGAAAGAAGAGGAAGAGGACAAGAAGAGGGACAGAGAGAAGGAGGGAGCUGCGACCGUCUCUGCUGGUGCGGGAGGUGCCGGUGCUGGGGGGCCAGGCGCUGCUGGUGGCGACCAGUCUCAUUUUUCCAUCAAAGAGAGCAGUCUGUCUGAGGGCAAUGUCAAACUUAAAAUUGGCCUCCAGGCAAAGCGGAUGAAGAAGCCGCCAAAGAUCUUGGAGAACUAUGUCUGCCGACCAGCCUUCAGAGCCACUGUGCGGCACACAAAUCGUGGAGGAGGCGGUGCACGUGGGAACCGUGCUGGGACGACAGGUGAUGGGCCGGGCAGUCAGAACCAGAGCCCUUCACAAGGCAGGGAAAAAGAGAGGGAAAAGAGCCCCAGUGUAAACAAACCACCUGCUUCAUCAUCUUCAUCGGCCCCUUCUACUAAAGCUCCUACGCCACCUCCGUCUGCUUCUCCCUCUGCCAACCUGUCACCCUCCCAAGUGAAUGGGAGUGCUCCAGCAAAGAGGGGUCCACCAAAGAUGGACUGCAAGUCUGAUUCAAAGUCAGACUCAAAAGCAGCUACCACAACAUCUGACAGACCGCUUAACCUUCACCGUCCCCCACCCGACAGCAAAACUCAUUCUACUGGAAAGAAAACCCCCACUCCACAGCCCAACCCACGGACAUCUUCACCUUCUCCACCACUACCUGCAUCAAAGGAACCUACUUUUGAGGGUGUUAAGCCUCCUCAAUACACCUACAGCACAGAAAGUCAGAAAGAUAAGGACAAGAGUGUUCAAAGUUGGGGUGCGCCCACAGUCACUGAGAAAUUAGCUCAACUUAUAGCCACCUGCCCACCAUCUAAAACUCCUAAACCAGCAAAACCUGCAAAAAUUGAUACCACUCCUCCUCUCCCAAGCUCAGGCUUUAUGGCUCCUACGGCUAAACAACGAGACAGGGCCAUGGCCAAUAGGAACACAUACUCAAGAAUGGUUCACCUUUCACCACCACCUCCUGUGUCCAGACCACCUGGUCGGCCCUACGGUUCCAGGAACAAAGACAGCAUGACGGAAAAUUUGCCCGCCUUGACACCAUUGAGGAAGGAGGACUUUGAUGGGGAUGGAAAAGCUAGUAGCAGUAGUGGUACCAACAACAUCAGCAGCAGCAGCAACAACAGUAGUCGAAGCAGCAGUCCAGCAUUCACCUUUGGCAAUAGCCGCUUGUCAGCUAUGUCAAAGGACAGCAACAACGACAACAGCAACAGUAGCAUUUCAAAAUCACAGUUACGUCCUGCUCAUUGCCUUCCCCAUACAAGUACUCCAUCUUGUCCUACUUCAUCCUCCUCCACCUUGAACGAGCAGCGGACAGUCAGCGCAGUGAGUCACCUGGGCUCUCCAGUUCCCUCACAAGGACAUCAUGCUCGGGAGUCCCCUAACCUUGCAGAAGAAAGCAGUGUGGGUGAGAGGGAGCAGGGCAGGGACAGCCCUAGAGAUUUAACCAAGUGCCCUCCUUUAACAGGACUGGGAAAACCAGAGGGGAAAGAGAAGGGGAUAAAUAAUCAGUCACUGCGAGUUGAAAGGGGUAAAAGUUCUAGUCCAAGUAAGCGGAGUCCCCACCAGGACAGCAGUCGACCUAGUCGAGCUAGCAGUUCCCCUGAAUCUGUGAGACAAAGGGCACCUUCUCCAGAUCCAGAUGAUGAUGACGAUGGCUCACAAACACCUCUGAGAGAUGAUUCUCCCGAUUCAUCCAUAGAUUCUCCUGCAGAACAGGACAACAAACCCCUUAAAAAACGCAGGGGAAGGAAACCUCGCUGGUCCCGUAUGAUGAACAAAACUCAGAGUCAUAGGGCAGGAAUUGACAUUCCCUUCAGUGAGAGCAAAACCAUCAUGCCUUUAUCGUCAAGCCUGGAAAUACUUUCACCCCCAGUUAAAAGACCUGUAGGCAGGCCACCCAACCCAAAUAAAAUCAGACCAAAUCCUGUGCCACAAAGUCCAGUGUCACACUUGUUCCCAACCCAACCGAAAAAACGGGGAAGGCCAAAGUCUAAAAUGCCAACACUUGAUGCUCCUGCCCGUGGUAACCUCCCGAGUAAGCUGGCCCCCUCCAAGGUAUUUUCAUCAUUGUUGAAAUCGAAAGAAGAGCAGGAUCCACCUGUUCUUCACCCAGAGGUGGACCUUAACCCACCAAAACCAAUGCCAAGAAAACGUGGACGCCCCAAGCGCCUUCCUCCUACAUUACCCCAGGAGGGUCAGCCUCCAACAUUGGCUCCAGAACCUGGGGACAUGGGAGACAAAAGGUUCCGCAACAAAGGAAAUGGGCAACUUAUAAUGAAAACUAUUAUUGGCAAGAUCAACAAAAUGAAAAGUGUGAAACGAAAACGUAUUCUUAGUCAAUUCCUGUUAGGUCCAAGGACAGAAGACCCUCCUAAAACCACCACUGGUGGGGUAGUUGAAUCUGCAACUCAAUCACUGUCCUCCCUGGCUGCUUCUUUUGGGGGGAAAUUAGGGCCACAAAUCAAUGUCAGUAAAAAAGGCACAAUAUACAUGGGUAAGAGGAGAGGCCGCAAACCAAAAGCUGCCUCGCAUCCCACAGCUACAACACCAUCACCAGAACCCUUUCUGUCACCUAACACUACAUCCCCUCUUCAUCACCAUCAGUCACAGUCCCAGCAUCAGCACCAGCUCUCUUCUUCAGAGGUCUUUCCUUCCCCCUCCCUUUCGCAGUCCAGUGGAGGCCACAGUCCAGUCAGUGAUGCCAGCUUUGUGGAACCAGGCUCAGUACACUUUUCAGGUCACUCUCAUUAUUCUAGCUCUCAUCACGGCCACAAUACAUUUUCUUUUCCUCCUCCAACGUUCUCAGCACCUAAUCCUCGCAACCCGAUCCUCAGUUCGUCAUCUAUGGCCGCUGCAGCUUCCCAGAAAAAGUCGUCUUGCCGUGGAUAUCAUCACCACCACCAUCAUUACAGGCAGCAUUACCAUUAUCAUAAGCUUUCCCCUCCUAGACCACUUCAUCCCACCUCCCCUGCUCCCCUCAGUGAGCUAAAAGAAGCCACGCCGUCACCAGUUAGUGAGUCACACAGUGAGGAGACGGUGCCCAGUGACAGUGGUAUAGGAACUGACAAUAACAGCACCUCUGAUCGCGGUGAGAAAGCUGGAGGGGCGGGUAGUUUGGGUGGAAUUGGGAUGCCACCUGGGAUGGGCAGUGGACUACUAAUGCCAGGAGUCAUGGGUUCAGCAAUGGGUCCAGGGAUGGGUCUCAAUUCCAGAGGAAGACGUCGACACUCCGCUGUGCUUAUGGAACAUCCCUCACCCUCUCCAUCACCUCAUGGGACAAGGUCAUCUCCUGAUCCCCGAAGAUCUCACCCUGCAGCUCCUGCCUCCUCCCUAAUGGGACACAAGGAGAAACAUAAGCACAAAUGUAAACGUCGUAGCCAUGGAUGUCCUGGCUAUGACAAGCUUAAAAGACAGAAGAGAAAACGCAAGAAGAAAUAUUUGCAGUUGCGUUCUCGGCGGCUUGACCCGGACUUUCUUGCAGAGCUGGAUGAGAUUGUUGUGAGAUUAAGUGAAAUACGGAUAGCUCAUCGCACGACAGGGCACCGACUCAGCAGUGGAAUAGGCAUGGCGCCGGGUCCAAGCAGGGUGCCAGGGGUGGGGAGCAGAGUUGCUGGAGGAAUGGGAGGCACAACUGGUCCUCCUCCACAUCACUAUGUUCACAGAGACCUCCUACCUACAAUAUUCAGGGUUAAUUUUGGCAGCUUCUACUCCCAUCCUGCAUACUCCUGUGAUCCUUUGCACUAUGUUCGAAAGCCAGACAUGAAGAAGAAAAGGGGAAGACCUCCCAAACUGAGGGAGUCCAUGUCAGAGGUUCCCUUUGUACCUGGGCUUGGAUUUCCACUCUCCAGUGGAGGCUUUUACCACCCUUCUUACAGUGUUCCUUACUCGUCAGGGCCCCUGGGGUUGAGCUAUUACAGAGGUUACCCACCAACAAGCGCUUUGUAUCCCCACCCACACCAUCAGUCACCCCAUGCAGCCCCAUCCCACCACUCUCACCACUCACCAUCUUUCCCUCCACCUCCCCCCGCAUCUUACAUGCACCAUCAUCACCCUUCACAUCUCCUGCUGAACCCCUCCAAAUUUCACAAGAAAAAACACAAACUACUUCGCCAGGAGUAUUUGGGAGGAGGACGGUCUCCUGUUCUGUUCCCACCAAUGUCUUCUGAGCUUUCCUUCAAUUGGCAUCACAAACACAAACACAGACACAAACACAGAGAACGCUGUGCAGAGGAGGACAGGGAGGAACCAGCAAGAAGUGGAUCAGGGAGCCGAGCUAGUGCAGGGAUUUCAGACAGUGGAGCGUCGGGUAAAGGGGAGCGAGUCAGCAGUAUGGGAAUGGCAGAGUCUUUACAGCGAUGUCGCUUUGGGCGAGAUACUCCCAGCUCCAGUGCCAGCAAACAAGCAGCUGCUAACACUGCCAACUCCCCUUCUUCUUCCUCAUCUUCCUCAGCAGAAAGGUACAAGCGCAAAGAGGGCUCCAUGUCCUGUUUAGGACCUUCCAGGCUUGCUCUGAGUAGCAACUCAAAAGGCCACCACCCAGUUGAGUCUUGGUUCAGGAUGGGCAACUCUGAUGCAGACUACUCGAAGCUUUCACGGAGUCAUUUGGCAUCCGGCCAGGUUUCCUUCUCAGAUGGGCGAGCAGAAGACCCAGCAGGCUGCUCAGACAGUGAUGAUGACGAGCCCCUCACCCCCACAGAGGAUGUAGGAGCCCAUGAUUCUCCAAACCUUACAAAUCUAUUUGCCUCCGCUCUCACUCGCACUUCACUGAAGGGCGUCAGGAGUAAAAAGACUGAGGUACUUGCGGAGAGCUCCGGCUUUUCCCACUUGGACCGGCCGAUGAGGAAAGACCGCUCAACAUCAGCAGAAAGGAGAGAAUUAGGAUCAUCAGGUAUUCACACAAGAGGAGUUGCUCUCUCUCCCUCUGAGGAGCCUGAAGGAUCACUACACCACCGGCAUCAACACCAUCACCAGUCCUCACUGUUUCACUCCCACGGGUUAGCUUCCUCCUCUUCCUGCCUCUCUCCCUCUCAGGACUGUAGCCUGGACGCCUCCCUGCCUCACCACUCCCAUCGGACACAGCCGUCCAAGCACAGCCUGCACCACGUCAACAAAAUCCUGCGGGCAAAGAAGCUGCAGCGACAGGCUCGUACGGGAAACAACGUGGUCAAGAAGAGGGGCCCCGGACGUCCCAGGAAACACCCUUUACCUUCACCGCCGCCGUCUCCACCCCCUGUGGCUGAGCUGAAUCCGGCCCGGCACAGAGACAGAGGAGAACGGCAAGCAGGGGGAAAGGGCCGGGAGGGGGACACUGUGAACGAUGCUAUUGAGUCAGUAGUCCAGGGUCAGAGUAAAAAAGGUCAGAAGAGGAAGCACUGGGAAAGAGAUGGGAAUGAGGACGAGGAGGAAGAGGACAGAGAGGUACAUGAGCACGAAGAACAACUGCCCGACAGAGAGGAAACCCUCGGCAACCUGGUGGCUCGGUCAAAAAGUGGGACUGGAAGACUUUGGCUCAACCAAGAUGAGCUCCAGCACUUUCAUGGCUCAAUGGAAAGCAAGCCAGACGGCCCCUGCUCCCCGGAGCGCCCGAGCACCGUCCCUGGUGAGCAAGCUCCACCCAUGCCCAUACCCCCCCAGCGGGAGAAGAGACCAGCCCGGCCCCCGAAGAAGAAGUUCCAGAAAGCGGGGCUUUACUCAGACGUGUACAAGACUGAAGACCCUCGCACUCAGCUUCUGCAGCUAAAGAAAGAGAAGCUGGAGUACAUACCUGGGGAACAUGAAUAUGGAUUGUUUCCUGCUCCUAUCCAUGUUGGGAAGUACCUGAGGCAGAAGCGCAUUGAUUUCCAGUUGCCUUAUGACAUCUUGUGGUUGUGGAAACACGAUCAGCUUUACAAGAGGCCUGAUGUCCCCCUUUAUAAAAAGAUCCGAUCAAAUGUGUAUGUGGACGUGAAGCCUCUCUCUGGUUAUGAAACAACUACAUGCAACUGUAGACUUCCUGAGAGUUCUGGUGAAAAAGGCUGCCUGGAUGACUGCCUGAACAGGAUGAGCUUCGCCGAGUGCUCGCCGAGCACAUGCCCAUGUGGGGAUCAGUGUGACAACCAGCAUAUCCAGAGGCACGAGUGGGUUCAGUGUCUGGAGCGAUUCCGUGCCGAAGGGAAGGGUUGGGGCAUCCGCACCAAGGAGACUCUCCGCUCUGGGCAGUUCAUCAUCGAGUACCUGGGAGAGGUGGUCAGCGAGCAGGAGUUCAGGAGCCGUAUGAUGGAGCAGUACUUCUCCCACAGUGGCCACUACUGUCUAAACCUCGAUAGCGGCAUGGUGAUUGACAGCUAUCGGAUGGGCAAUGAGGCGCGCUUCAUAAACCACAGCUGCGAUCCCAACUGUGAGAUGCAGAAAUGGUCGGUGAACGGAGUCUACAGGAUCGGUCUCUUUGCUCUUAAGGACAUCACCAGUGGCACUGAGCUCACCUACGACUACAACUUCCAUUCUUUCAAUACAGAGGAGCAGCAAGUGUGCAAGUGUGGUUCGGAGAGCUGCCGGGGCAUCAUCGGAGGGAAGAGCCAGCGUAUAAAUGGCUUGCCCCCGAAGACAGGGGGGAGCCGGAGGCUGGGUCGAUUAAAGGAGAAGAGGAAGUCCAAGCACCAGCUCAAAAAGCGGGAGGAAGAAUCAAGUGACAGCAACAAGUUUUACCCUCAUCUAAUGAAGCCCAUGUCCAAUAGAGAGAGAAACUUCGUGCUGCGGCACAGAGUGUUUCUCCUGAGGAACUGGGAGAAGAUGAGGGAGAAGCAGGAGCUGCUGAAGAGAGAGGGCGAGAGAGAGCGGGACCCCGGCGGCCUCUCCAUGUACACCCGCUGGGGAGGCGUCAUCCGCGACGACGGCAACAUCAAGUCAGACGUGUUCCUGACGCAGUUCUCAGCUCUGCAGACGUCGCGGUCGGUACGCACGCGGCGACUCGCCGCUGCCGAGGAAAACACGGAGGUCACACGCACCGCUCGCCUGGCUCAUAUCUUCAAGGAGAUCUGUGACAUGAUCACCAGCUAUAAGGACUCGGCCGGCCAGACGCUUGCUGCUCCGCUUUUGAACCUCCCGUCCAGGAAGAGGAACAGCCAGUAUUAUGAGAAAGUGUCUGAUCCUCUGGACCUGAGCACCAUCGAGAAGCAAAUCCUCACCGGCCAUUAUAAGACUGUUGAAGCUUUUGACACGGACAUGCUCAAGGUGUUUCGCAAUGCUGAGAAAUAUUACGGCAGGAAGUCGUCGGUGGGCCGGGACGUGUGCCGGCUGAGGAAAGCCUACUACAGCGCCCGCCACGAAGCCGCCGUCCAGAUCGAUGAGAUCGUCGGCGAGACCGCCAGCGAAGCCGACAGCUCGGACUCGCUGGAGCGCGACCACGGCCACCACCACCACCACCACGGGGGAGGAGGGGGAGGAGGGGCGGGCUCUCACGACAAGGACGACGACGUCAUCCGCUGCAUAUGUGGAAUGUAUAAGGACGAAGGCCUGAUGAUCCAGUGCGAGAAGUGCAUGGUGUGGCAGCACUUCGACUGCAUGCGGCUGGAGACGGAGGUGGAGCACUAUCUGUGCGAGCAGUGCGACCCUCGGCCUGUGGACAGGGAAGUCCCCAUGUUACCUCAGCCCAGCUACGCUCAGGCUGGCUCCAUCUACUACAUCUGCCUCCUCAGAGAUGACCUGCUAUUGCACCAAGGUGACUGUGUGUACCUGAUGAGAGACAGCAGACGCUCACCUGAGGGCCAGCCUGUCCGACAGUCGUACCGCCUGCUGUCUCACGUCAACCGAGACAAGCUCGACAUCUUCCGGAUCGAAAAACUGUGGAAGAACGAAAAGGGAGAGCGGUUCGCCUUCGGUCAUCACUACUUCCGUCCUCAUGAGACGCAUCACUCUCCUUCGCGGCGUUUCUACCAGAACGAGUUGUUCCGCAUGCCGCUGUACGAGAAUCCCCUGGAGGCGGUGGUGGGACCCUGCUGCGUCCUGGAUCUCUACACUUACUGCAAGGGGCGGCCCAAAGGUGUGAAGGAGCAGGACGUUUACAUCUGCGACUACCGCCUGGACAAGUCGGCUCACCUGUUCUACAAGAUCCACCGCAACCGCUACCCGGUUUGCACCAAGCCAUACGCCUUCAACCACUUCCCCAAGCGGCUCGCCCCCAAAAGAGACUUCUCGCCUCAUUUUGUUCCGGACAAUUACAAGAGGAACGGCGGCCGGUCGGCCUGGAAGAGCGAGCGGCCCAAAGACGCCGGGGGCUGCGAUGACGACGGCUCGUCCUGCGACCGGGGCGAAGACUUCCCGCCGGAGAUGGACGAAGGACGAGGGGCGGAGGACGACAUGGACCUGCCUCCAGAUGACCCCGAGCUUCUCUCGGCCAAACCGCGGCGGACGGAGGGAGAGAGGGAGGGCGACGAGGACGAAGACGAGGACGAGGAGGAGGAGGACGGUCAGGCGGCGGAGGAGCGCAAGGAGCUGGACGAGGGUCCGGCCGAGAGGAUAGGGGAGAUGCUGGAGCUGCCGUCGUCCUCGGCCUCGUCGCCGCUGCACCACCCGGCCCUGGGCAGGAGGGAGGCCCAGAGGGAGCGGCUGAACAAGAUCCUCCUGGACCUGCUGCACAGAACGCCCGGCAAGAACGCCAUAGAUGUCACUUAUCUCCUUGAGGAGGGCGCCGGGCGGCGGCUGCGGCGGCGGACGCUCGCGUUCGGUGAUUUUGUGGGCAGAAAAUAACAUUUGUACGUGCCUGGCAAGCACACUGCCCGUCACCACCGUGAGCAAAGGGGUGCAGAGAAUGGAGAGACAGCAAAAAAAAAAAUGAAAAGGGAAAUGAGCAUUGUUGGCUAUCCAGCUAUUAGGGACCACAAUGCAUCCCUGGAGGCCCCUUCCAGUUUUACCUCUUCCAAGACCGUCGUCUCAAAUGUGAGAGGGCAGCGGGGGUUUGGAAGCGCUGACUUCAUGGCUGUUUCAGCUUCUCCAGCGUUCUCGAGGAUCAGACAGAGAGAGCUGAUCCAGACUUCCGGCUUAUUUGAGUCGUAUCCAUGCAAACCUCUUCUUCUUCUUCUUCUUCUUCUUCUUUUUUGUAACUAAACAAAACAAACAUAGGAGAAAUCACCCAUGCACUUAAAUGCAUCGAACAUGACAAACAUGGGGAGGUGAAUCCCACUGGCGAGCAAGAGAAAUGAAACAAGUGGUACUGAAUGGGGGGGAGGGAGGGACAGCGUUUCAUUUCAGUCAGCCGGGGGACGUGAAAGCUGACAAAUUGUUCCCCCUAGUGGGGCCUAGCUGCAAUGAAAUGAUGUGAGGGAUGAGAGAGGAUCUGCGCCAGGAGCACGAGAGAGAGAGAGAGAGGUGACAUGCUGCUGCUGCUGCUCUUAAGAGAGAGAAUGGGAAUGAGAGAGAGGGCGGUGAACUGCACUUUUGGUACCAUGGAUAUUGUGAAGCUCUGUGUAAUGUAUCUAUAAAUGAAAACACACUAACACAGUAUUGGAUGAUGCAGUCUGGGGGAAAAAAAAGCGCGUUUAAAAAGUCUAUUAUCUUUUUUGUUUUUUUUCUCUUAUACUGUAGUAACUCACUUAGAAAGCAGAGGAGGCCUGUGGUGUGUGUGUGUGUGUGUGUUUUUUUUAGAGUAAAAACACACAAAACAAAACAAAACAAAAUAGAACUCCAACACACUUGUGGUGUGUCGGUUUUUAAAGGGAGCAGGAGGAAGGUUACGUGUGCGCUUUUGUCAGUCAAGAAGUGUCUUGUCAAUAGUUUUAUUUUCUCGUGAGGCAGUCGGCUUCGCCCCUCUUUUUUGAAGUAAACAUGAUUCACCAGCUUAACUAAAUCAGGCGAGGGGGGGCAGGGAAAGGGGGGGGCACACCGGCUCCAACUGUAACGCCUUAUUACACAGCCGUGCUCUCCGACUGCCUUGCGUGCGAGUGUGUGUGUGCGCGCGCACGCACGCACGCACUUACCGUGUGCUCGCACUCUUGCCAGAUUUCAUG